CACGACUAGGCCUAGACACAAACUACAUCUCCCACAAUCCAUCAUAAAGGGGCGGGGUGGUUACUUGCAAGAGUUGCCGGGAGUUUUUUUAGGGCGACAAUGAGGUUGUAAAAAAUGUGCCACAAAGAGGUGAUAUUUUUCUGACAGCGUGCUUGGACCUGACUCCCUAUCUUCCAACAUCAUCAUGUCCUCAGAAAAUACACUGGAUGAUGAGGAUACCUUUAAGAUCCUAAUUGCUACAGAUGUUCAUCUGGGCUACCUGGAGAAAAAUGCCAUUCGGGGCAAUGACACCUACCAAACAUUUGAGGAAAUCCUUCAGUGUGCAAAAAAAAAUAAAGUGGAUUUCAUCCUGCUGGGGGGAGAUUUGUUUCAUGACAACAAGCCAUCCCGCCGAAGCCUCCACAUCUGCACCACACUGCUGAGAAAAUACUGCAUGGGAGAUUCGCCCGUGACCUUUAAUAUUCUCAGUGACCAGACCACCAACUUUAACACCACCCAGUUUCCCUGGGUGAAUUAUCAGGAUGAAAAUCUGAACAUAUCCAUCCCAGUCUUCAGCAUUCAUGGCAAUCACGAUGAUCCAACUGGCGCUGAAAGUCUGUGUGCUCUGGAUCUGCUCAGUGCAGCCGGUCUCGUGAACCACUUUGGUCACUCACACUCAGUGGAGAAGAUUGAAAUCAGUCCCAUCCUGAUGCAGAAAGGCAGCACCAAACUGGCUUUAUUUGGUCUCGGUUCAAUUCCAGAUGAGCGAUUGUACAGAAUGUUUGUCAACAACCAGGUUUCCAUGCUCCGCCCCAAAGAAGACCAGGAUGACUGGUUUAAUCUUUUCACAAUCCACCAGAACAGGAACAAGCACGGUCCCACAAAUUACAUUCCUGAGCAAUUCCUGGAUGACUUCCUUGACCUGGUGGUGUGGGGCCACGAGCACGAAUGCUUGAUAACGCCAACCAGAAAUGAGCAGCAGCUCUUCUACGUGACUCAGCCUGGAAGCUCUGUGGCCACCUCCCUGUCGCCUGGAGAGGCCACCAAAAAACACAUAGGCCUGCUCAGAGUGAAGGGUCGGAAGAUGAACCUGCAGAAGAUUCCCUUGAAAACUGUGCGUCAGUUCAUCAUUCAGGAUGUGGUGUUGGCUGACUACGAAGACCUUUUCACUCCUAACACACACCAGGUUACAAAGAAGGUGGAGGAUUUGUGCAAUGCAAAGGUCACAGAGAUGUUAGAAGAAGCUGAGAGGGAGAGACUCGGCUGUCCACUCACACCAGAGAAACCUUUAAUCCGUCUUAGAGUGGACUACAGUGGAGGUUUCGAGGCGUUCAACACGUCUCGCUUCAGUCAGAAGUUUGUGGACUGCGUAGCAAACCCGAAAGAUAUUAUUCACUUUAUGAGACGGCGUGAGCAAAAGAUGGACAACAAAGAUGAGAUGAAUGUAGAUUAUAGCAAACUUGUGAAGACAGUUGCAGUUGAAGGACUGAGGGUGGAGGACCUGGUUAAACAGUACUUUGAGGCAGCUGAGCAGAAGGUGCAACUCUCCCUGCUGACUGAACAAGGCAUGGGAAAAGCCAUCCAGGAGUUUGUAGACAAAGAUGAGAAAGAUGCCAUCGAGGAGCUGAUCAGGUACCAGUUAGAGAAGACACAACGCCACCUUCAGUCCAGAGGAGUAACUACAGAGCAGGACAUUGAUAUGGAGGUUCAGCGAUUUCGAGACUCCAAAAAGAACACAGCAGAAGAAGAAAACGAGAUCAAAGAAGCUAUGAACAGAGCCAAAGCUCACAGAAUAGAACGCGAUGACGAUCCUGAAGAUGAACUUGCUGAUGUUGCUCUGGACUCUGAUGACAAUUCAGUUCCAUCUCCGGCUCCCACACGCGGCCGAGGUCGAGGAGGCCGAGGGCGAGGUGGCAGAGGAAGGGGCAGGGGCACAACGGCAUCUGAACCAAAACCAGCUGGUCGAGCCGGUUCCCGCAAAUCUGCAGCAACAAGUCAAAGCAAGAGCAUCAUGCAGGCUUUUCAACCUCCAUCCCAGAGAUUUUUUAGUAAAGUCUCAACAUCUUCAGCAGCUGAAGAAAUAACCAUUGAUGACUCAGAUGAAGAUAUACCGGCAACGAAAGUUACUAAGCCACCCUCCAGAUCCUCAUCCUCGUCUGCAUCCUUCUCCAAGUACGGCUCUCAGAGCCAGAGCCAGUCCUUUCGAGGAGUUGCAUUUGAGGACAGUGAUGACGAGGAGGACAACCCAUUUAAAGGCCCCAGCCAUCGGUCAGGAAGAUAAACGCAUCAAAGACAGUACAAAUGCUCGAUAAAGAAAUUCUGUCACCAAUUCUGUCUAAUUCUGUUCUGAAGGAUCUUAAAGCAUGCGUUCAUUAAGCUUUCUUAUUAGUCCUCUUUUUUUUUUUCAAGCAGUUUGAAUAUUUUCAAAAUAGUUAAAUAAAAUAUGCAUUGUUUGACUGUGAAAAAGCUUUGGAGCUAGUGGUUCCAAGUGGAAAGUUUUAUGUGUCCUAAGAUUUCCAUGUAUGUUAAAUGUUUGGGAUAUGUUUCUUAUAACAACUGAUAUUUCUGGGACUUUAUCUGUUUGCUUGUACUUAAUGAAGAUAAUAAAUAUUGUUUUUACUCCAC